AUAGGCAGAACAGCGUAAAGUUCACGUAAUAUGUGGAUAAUAUUAAUUGCGUAUAUAAACUGAAUCGUGCACUGUUUUUAUCUUAGAAAUAGAAUAAACUUUGUACGUAGAAGAUCACCUGAAAACCACGCAUAUCAAAUCAACAUGGUUUCUAAGAGCGCUUUACUAUGCUGCACCCUGAUCGCCUUAACCUGUGCUAGUCCAAUCGCCCCCAUCUACAACGAACACGAAGCAGUCGACUACCACGCAUACCCAAAAUACCACUUCACCUAUAAUAUAAAAGAUGAACACACAGGAGACGUGAAAAGCCAGCACGAAGAACGUGACGGUGGCAUUGUCAAGGGCAGCUACAGCCUUAUCGAACCCGAUGGCUCGAAAAGAACCGUAGAAUAUACCGCCGAUGACCACAAUGGCUUCAACGCUGUCGUACUCAAGGACCCCGGAUACCAUCCUCAACCAUACAAAGCUCCUUUGGUAGCUUAUGCCGCAGCUCCAGCUUACAAAGCUGAACCAGUCUUGGCCUAUGCUGCUCCCGCAUACAAAGGAUAUGCUCCUGUUACGCCAUCGUAUUAUUAAGAUCAUAGUGUAGACUAACAACUUCUAUUUGUGCCCAACAAUCAUAAGGAAUUUCUUAAAUUGGACUUGAGGGUUUUUUUUCAGUGUCCAAUGAUGUGCGUUCCUUAUGAAGAGAUCUCUUUCGUAGGUUAUAAGAGAAUAUGUCAGAACGUUUGAUAAUAUUGAAGUUAUCUAGAUGAUACCAAAAAUGAACAUAUCGAUAUUUAUGCGUUUUAUACUUUUUUAUACCUAUUAUAUUUAUAUUUAUUUUAUAUUUUUUUGAAAUAAACGAAAUUUUCAGCGCA